CAGCCGCGCUGAGUGCCUCGAUCACGUCAUGUUCCGCAUGGGCGUCCUGGCCGUCCUCAGGUCCAGGGCCACCGCCUCCGCCAUCGGCGUCAUGGUCACCGCGUCCCACAACCCCGAGGAAGAUAAUGGUGUAAAGCUGAUCGAUCCUCAUGGUGAAAUGCUGCAUCCUUUGUGGGAAGAAUAUGCUACACAGCUGGCAAAUGCAGAGGAGCAAGAACUGCAGAAAGUAAUGACUGAAAUCUGCCAAAAAGAAGCCGUGGACCUACACAGAGAUGCUUUGGUUUUUAUUGGAAGAGACACCAGACCGAGCAGCAUGAAGCUUUCCCAGGCAGUGAUGGAUGGUAUCUCCGUUCUAGGAGGGCAGUACCGUGAUUAUGGUCUUGUGACAACACCACAGCUGCAUUACAUGGUCUGCUGCCAUAACACCCAAGAACAGUAUGGGAAAGCAACGGUGGAAGGCUAUUACGAAAAACUAUCCAAAGCUUUUACAGAACUGAUUAAAAAGACUAAUUCUUCCAGCUCUGGAGAUAGUCAGAGGCAUCUGAAGAUUGACUGUGCCAAUGGAAUAGGAGCCCUGAAACUGAUGGAAAUGGAGCGCUACUUUCCACAGGAGGUACUGAUCCACCUGUACAACGAUGGAACCAGUGAGAAACUCAACCACUUAUGUGGUGCAGAUUAUGUAAAAGUUCAUCAGAAGCCCCCAAGAGGGCUAGACAUGAAGCCUAAUGAGAGAUGCUGCUCAUUCGAUGGAGAUGCUGAUAGGAUUGUUUAUUACUAUAAGGACACAAAUGACCGUUUUCAUCUGAUCGAUGGAGAUAAAAUAGCAACUUUAAUUAGUAUCUUCCUUAAAGAGCUUCUUGUCAAGGUGGAAGAGACUCUGAAGGUGGCAGUGGUGCAGACAGCCUACGCUAACGGGAGCUCCACGCGCUACCUCGAGGAGACCAUGAAGGUGCCUGUUCACUGUGUGAAAACAGGUGUGAAACACUUGCAUCACAAGGCGCAGGAGUUUGAUGUCGGUGUGUACUUUGAGGCAAAUGGACAUGGUACAGUGUUGUUUAGUAAAGCUGCUGAAACUAAGAUAAGACAACUGGCAAAAGAGGAAAAAGAUGAUGAAAGGAGAGAAGCAGCAAAGAUGCUUGAAAAUAUGAUAGACCUGAUUAAUCAGACAGUUGGCGACGCUAUCGCGGACAUGCUGGUUAUUGAAGCAAUCCUGGCAUUGAAGGGUCUCACGGUGCAGCAGUGGGAUGACAUCUACACCGACCUCCCCAACCGGCUGCUCAAAGUUCAGGUGGCCGACAGGCAGGUUAUCGGCACGACGGACGCGGAGCGGCGGGUGACGGCGCCCCCGGGGCUGCAGGAGAGCAUCGACGCCCUCGUGAAGAGGCGGCGAGCGGCGCGGGCGUUCGUCCGGCCCUCGGGCACGGAGGAUGCAGUGAGGGUGUACGCUGAAGCCGACACGCAGGAGGCUGCCGAUGCCCUUGCCCACGAGGUGAGCCUGGCUGUUCACCACCUUGCCGGCGGCGUGGGAGCGCCGCCCCAGCCUGCAGCGCAAAGGAAGGAGCUGCCCUUAAACCUCCUCACUUGA